CGGAAAGGGAGAGCAAAGACAAAAUAGAAACGCGCUUUUACGUCAGUGGUGACUGUGAACAGUGUCCUGCGUACAGACGAAGAAGAAGAAGCCCGUGUCUAGUUGAAAAGCACACAGUAGGAGCGAGGGCGCCGGGAGUUUUCCCACGAUGGUGGAGGAGAGCGAAAGGACACGACUUGGAAGCGAAAAUGGCGAGGAGGGAGAAGGAGACAUAGAGGGUCGGAGGCAGAAAUGGCUGAAACACUAUUCACCGCAUCAUCAGAUUCUGCUGGUGGGCGAAGGAGACUUCUCUUUCUCGUCCAGUUUGGCCUCUGCUUUCGGCUCUGCCUCCAACGUUACCGCCACUUCCCUUGAUCUUUAUGAUGCCUUGAUCAGGAAGUAUAAGAAAGCAAAAUCAAAUUUGGGGAAUUUAAAGAAGCUGGGAGCUUUCCUGUUGCAUGGAGUGGAUGCCACCAUAAUGAAUUAUCAUGUAGAUUUGAGAGUGCGGAAGUUCGAUCGAAUCAUCUUCAACUUCCCUCAUGCGGGGUUCCUUGGAAGGGAAGACGACGUGCACUUGAUGUGCAUGCAUAGGACACUUAUGUUUGGCUUCUUUUGCAACGCGAGCCAAAUGCUUCGUGCCGAUGGGGAAGUACACGUAAGACACAAGACCAAUGCUCCAUAUUGCUUUUGGAAGCUGGAGGAACUUGCAUCUUGGAAUUCUCUGAACUUGAUCGAUCGGACAGCUUUUGAAAGCAAGAAUUAUCCAGGAUAUCACCACAAGCGCGGAGAUGGCUCGAGAUGUGAUGAACUCUUUCAUUUGGGGCCUUGCAGUACCUUCAAGUUCAGGUUCUACCCUAGAUCUUGGGAAGUGUUGAGAGAGUCAAAGAUGCACAUCAAUGCAAUUCAUGGAGAAUAUUGGCCAAUUUAUGGGAGUCCAGUUCAGAUGCCUGUAGAGUUCCCACCGAUUUAUGAGAGAUCAGUUCAGUUGCAUGGUGGAUCUGAGCAAAUUUAUGAGAACUUAGUCCAGACACAGGAGCAGUUGCUGCCACUCUCAUUUGGUCCCUUUCCUUCAAUGACCCAUGUUCCGUUGCCCAGGAAUACACUUGUAGAGUUGGGAAUGAAUUCUAGGAACGAAUAUGGAGGGAUUAGUGCUUAUCACCGAAACAUUAUGCAGGAGAUACCACAAAGGCCAUGUUAUGAUGAUGUGGGGUUUUGCUCGGUCCCGCUGCCUGGUUUUGCCUUCGAACCACAUUAUGCAGAUGUAGAAAGAAGAACAUCUAUUGGUGACCUGCAUCUUUUCCAAGGGCCCCAACAUCAAGAGAACUUGAGGAGGCUUGCACAUUCUUUUGCUCGGUCAAUUUAUAUGAGUCCAGUUCAGAUGCCUGUAGAGUUCCCGCCAAUUUAUGAGAGAUCAGUUCAGGUGCAUGGUGGAUCUGAGCGAAUUUAUGAGAACUUGGUCCAGACACAGGAGCGGUUGCUGCCACUCUCAUUUGGUCCCUUUCCUUCAAUGACCCAUGUUCCGUUGCCUAGGAAUACACUUAUAGAGUUGGGAAUGAAUUCUAGGAACGAAUAUGGAGGGAUUAGUGCUUAUCACCGAAACAUUAUGCAGGAGAUACCACAAAGACCAUGUUAUGAUGAUGCGGGGUUUUGCUCGGUCCCACUGCCUGGUCUUGCCUCUGAACCACAUUAUGCAGAUGUAGAAAGAAGAACGUCUGUUGGUGACCUGCAUCUUUUCCAAGGGCCCCAACAUCAGGAGAACUUGAGGAGGCUCAUAGAUUCUUUUGCUCAGUCAAUUUAUGUGAGUCCAGUUCAGAUGCCUGUAGAGUUCCCACCAAUUUAUGAGAGAUCAGUUCAGGUGCAUGGUGGAUCUGAGCGAAUUUAUGAGAACUUGGUCCAGACACAGGAGCGGUCGCUGCCACUCUCAUUUGGUCCCUUUCCUUCGAUGACCCAUGUUUCCACGAACGAAUAUGGAGGGAUUAGUGCUUAUCAUCGAAACAUUAUGCAGGAGAUACCACAAAGACCAUGUUAUGAUGAUGCGAGGUUUUGCUCGGUCCCGCUGCCUGGUCUUGCCUCCGAACCACAUUAUGCAGAUGUAGAAAGAAGACCGUCUGUUGGUGACCUGCAUCUUUUCCAGGGCCCCAACAUCAGGAGAACUUGAGGAGGCUCGAAUGUUCUUUUGCUCGGUCAAUUUAUGUGAGUCCAGUUCAGAUGCCUGUAGAGUUCCCAUCAAUUUAUGAGAGAUCAGUUCAGGUGCAUUGAGGAUCUGAGCGAAUUCAUGAGAACUUGGUCCAGACACAAGAGCGGUCGCUGCCACUCUCAUUUGGUCCCUUUCCUUCAAUGAUCCAUGUUCCAUUGCCCAGGAAUACACUUAUAGAGUUGGAAAUGAAUUCCAGGAACGAAUAUGGAGGGAUUAGUGCUUAUCACCGAAACAUUAUGCAGGAGAUAUAACAAAGACCAUGUUAUGAUGAUGCAGGGUUUUGCUCGGUCCCGCUGCCUGGUCUUGCCUCCAAACCACAUUGUGCAGAUUAGAAAGAAGACCGUCUGUUGGUGACCUGCAUCUUUUCCAGGGCCGCAACAUCUGGAGAACUCGAGGGGGCUUGUAUAUUCUUUUGCUCGGUCAAUUUAUGUGAGUCCAGUUCAGAUGCCUGUAGAGUUCCCACCAAUAUAUGAAGAUCAGCUCAGGUGCAUGGUGGAUCUGAGCGAAUUUAUGAGAACUUGGUCCAGACACAGGAGCAGUCGCUGCCACUCUCAUUUGGUCCAUUUUCUUCAAUGACCCAUGUUCCUUGCCCAGGAAUACACUUACAGAGUUGGGAAUGAAUUCCAGGAACGAAUAUGGAGGGAUCAGUGCUUAUCACGGAAAGAUUAUGCAGGAGAUACCACAAAGACCAUGUUAUGAUGAUGCGGGGUUUUGCUCAGUCCCUCUGCCUGGUCUUGCUUCCGAACCACAUUAUGCAGAUGUAGAAAAACGUCUGUUGGUGACCUACAUCUUUUCCAAGGGCCCCAACAUCAGGAGAACUUGAGGAGGCUCGUAUAUUCUUUUGGAAGGCCACGACUGGAUUGCACUCCCCUUCUGAAUUCAAGCGAUGCAGAGGAAUCUUGACGCUGGCAAGGGGUGGAAUAUUUUGGAAUCUGUUUUUGUACAGAGGUUAUGCAGAUGUAUCUCAGCGCUGGUAGAUGGUAGAAUCCUUUGAAAUCUGUUUUUGUAUGGGCUUGAAAGUUCUGAAUUUCUUAUGAUGCCUUCAAGUUCGCAUGUAUAAGCUGAGGUCAAGGCCUGGACAGGUUUCAGUGUUUAAAUAUUUAUCAGAGCAAUUUCGAGCCCGGUUCUCCAACUAGAGCAAAGAAUAUCCAUGGGCGUUAAAACUCUCCCCUUUUUAAGGUUGGGGACAAAUGGGUGGCUUUGGACACCCAUAUCUUGUCGUUCGUGAAUUAAUCUUUAUUUUACCA